AUGUCAAGUGAUGCUAUUAUGGCAGAGUUUGGGCCCGCCGCUUCCUUCCUGAGAAAAUCAGACAAGGAGCGCUUGGAGGCCCAGACUCGACCCUUCGACAUGAAGAGGCAGUGUUUUGUGCCUGACCCUGAGGUGGAGUAUGUUAAAGCCACAGUCACAAGUAGAGAUGGCGACAAAGUCACUGUUGACACUGAAGAGGGGAAGACAGUAACUGUGAAGGAGGCAGAUGUCCACCCUCAGAACCCACCAAAGUUUGAUAAAAUUGAGGACAUGGCGAUGUUCACCUUCCUCCAUGAACCUGCUGUGCUGUUUAACCUCAAAGAGCGUUAUGCAGCAUGGAUGAUCUAUACCUACUCAGGGCUGUUCUGUGUGACUGUCAACCCCUACAAGUGGCUGCCAGUGUACGAUAAGGCUGUGGUCAACGCUUACAGAGGAAAGAAGAGGACUGAAGCUCCUCCUCACAUCUACUCCAUCUCUGACAAUGCCUACCAGUACAUGCUGGCAGACAGAGAAAACCAGUCUAUCCUAAUCACUGGGGAAUCUGGUGCAGGAAAGACUGUGAACACCAAGAGAGUCAUCCAGUACUUUGCCAGCAUUGCAGCUGUUUCUGGAAAGAAGGAUGUUAGUCAGGAGAAGAAGGGCACCCUGGAGGAUCAAAUCAUCCAGGCCAACCCUGCUCUGGAGGCUUUUGGAAAUGCAAAAACCAUCAGAAAUGACAAUUCCUCCAGAUUUGGUAAAUUUAUUCGAAUCCAUUUUGGAGUCAGUGGCAAACUGUCUUCAGCUGAUAUUGAAACUUAUCUUCUGGAGAAAUCUCGUGUCACUUAUCAGCUAAAGGCUGAGAGAGACUACCACAUCUUCUACCAGAUUCUGUCCCAGAGGAAACCAGAACUGCUGGAAAUGCUGUUGAUCACCAACAACCCCUAUGACUAUGCCUACAUCUCGCAAGGAGAGACAACCGUGGCCUCCAUCAAUGAUGCAGAAGAGCUGAUGGCCACUGAUGAAGCUUUUGAUGUCCUGGGUUUCACCCAAGAGGAGAAGAAUGGCAUCUACAAGCUGACUGGAGCCAUCAUGCAUUAUGGAAACAUGAGGUUUAAACAGAAGCAGAGGGAAGAGCAGGCAGAACCAGAUGGCACAGAGGAUGUUGACAAAGUUGCAUAUCUGAUGGGCCUGAACUCUGCUGACCUAAUCAAAGGCCUGUGUCACCCAAGAGUGAAAGUAGGCAAUGAGUGGGUCACCAAAGGUCAGAGUGUUCAGCAGGUGUACUACUCUAUUGGUGCUCUGGGCAAGUCAGUGUAUGAGAAAAUGUUCUUGUGGAUGGUCGUGAGAAUCAACCAGUCUCUGGAUACCAAACAACCUCGCCAGUACUUCAUUGGUGUGCUGGACAUUGCUGGAUUUGAGAUCUUUGAUUUCAACAGUUUUGAGCAGCUGUGUAUCAACUACACUAAUGAGAAGCUGCAGCAGUUCUUCAACCACCACAUGUUUGUGUUGGAGCAAGAGGAGUACAAGAAAGAGGGGAUUGUAUGGGAAUUCAUUGACUUCGGUAUGGACUUGGCAGCCUGCAUUGAACUCAUUGAAAAGCCCAUGGGCAUCAUGUCCAUCCUUGAAGAGGAGUGCAUGUUCCCCAAAGCCAGUGAUUCAACAUUUAAAGCCAAGCUGUAUGACAACCAUCUGGGUAAAAGUCCCAACUUCCAGAAGCCCAGGAUUGUUAAGGGGAAACCAGAGGCUCAUUUCUCCCUGGUUCAUUAUGCUGGCACUGUUGAUUACAACAUCACUAACUGGCUGGAGAAGAACAAGGACCCACUGAAUGAGACUGUGGUCGGACUGUAUCAGAAGUCCACCCUGAAAUUACUGGCUAUGCUGUUUGUUGGGUAUGCUGGUGCAGAUUCAGACAAGGAAGCAGGAGGCAAGGGGGGAAAGGGAGGAAAGAAGAAAGGUUCUUCCUUCCAGACUGUGUCAGCACUGCACAGGGAGAACCUGAACAAACUCAUGACCAACCUCAGGUCAACUCACCCACACUUUGUACGCUGCCUCAUCCCCAAUGAGACCAAGACUCCUGGGGCGAUGGAGAAUCCUCUGGUCAUGCACCAGCUGCGCUGUAAUGGUGUGCUGGAAGGCAUCAGGAUCUGCAGGAAGGGAUUCCCCAACAGGAUUCAAUAUGGAGACUUUAAACAAAGAUACCGCAUCUUGAACCCUAAUUCUAUCCCUGAGGGACAGUUCAUUGACAACAAGAAAGCAGCAGAAAAAUUGCUGGGUUCUCUGGAUAUUGACCAUGAGCAGUAUAAACUGGGUCACACAAAGGUUUUCUUCAAAGCUGGACUGUUGGGUGUUCUUGAGGAGAUGAGAGAUGAUCGUCUCGCUCUCAUCAUCACUGGAAUUCAAGCCAGAGCCAGAGGGAUACUUGCCAGGAUCGAGUUCCAGAAGAUUGUUGAGCGCAGGGAUGGCUUACUGGUGAUCCAGUGGAACGUACGUGCCUUCAUGGGAGUCAAGAAUUGGCCCUGGAUGAAGAUGUACUUCAAGAUCAAACCACUUCUGAAAUCAGCUGAGACUGAGAAGGAGAUGGCAAACAUGAAGGAGGAGUUCAUGAAGCUUAAAGACGCAUUUGCUAAAUCUGAAGCCCGCAAAAAAGAGCUGGAGGAAAAGAUGGUCACCCUUCUUCAAGAGAAGAACGACUUGCAGCUCCAAGUCCAAUCUGAACAAGAUAAUCUUGUAGAUGCUGAGGAGCGCUGUGAGGGUUUGAUCAAGAGCAAGAUCCAGCUUGAGGCCAAAGCCAAAGAGCUGACAGAAAGACUGGAGGAUGAAGAGGAGAUGAAUGCAGAGCUUACUGCCAAGAAGAGGAAGCUGGAGGAUGAGUGUUCAGAACUCAAGAAGGACAUUGAUGAUCUGGAGCUGACUCUGGCUAAAGUGGAAAAGGAAAAGCAUGCCACUGAGAACAAGGUUAAAAACUUGACUGAAGAGAUGGCAGCUUUGGAUGAAAUUAUUGCCAAGUUGACCAAAGAGAAGAAAGCUCUUCAGGAGGCUCAUCAGCAAACGCUGGAUGACCUGCAGAGUGAGGAGGAUAAAGUCAACACUCUGACCAAGGCCAAAUCCAAGCUGGAGCAGCAAGUCGAUGAUCUUGAAGGUUCUUUAGAACAAGAGAAGAAGGUGAGGAUGGACCUUGAGAGAGCAAAGAGGAAACUGGAAGGAGAUCUGAAGCUGAGCCAGGAGAGCCUAAUGGACCUGGAGAACGACAAGCAGCAACUAGAAGAGAAGCUGAAGAAAAAGGACUUUGAGAUCAGUCAACUUCUCAGCAAGAUUGAAGAUGAACAAGCACUGGGGGCCCAAAUUCAAAAGAAACUGAAGGAGCUACAGGCUCGCAUUGAAGAGCUGGAGGAAGAGCUGGAGGCAGAACGAGCUGCCCGUGGCAAGGUGGAGAAACAAAGGGCUGACUUGGCCAGAGAGCUGGAGGAGAUCAGUGAGAGGCUGGAGGAGGCUGGAGGAGCCACUGCUGCCCAGAUUGAGAUGAACAAGAAGCGAGAGGCUGAGUUUCAGAAGAUGCGCAGAGACCUUGAAGAGGCCACUCUGCAGCAUGAAGCCACUGCUGCUGCACUGAGAAAGAAGAAUGCAGACAGUGUGGCCGACCUCGGAGAGCAGAUUGACAACCUGCAAAGAGUGAAACAGAAGUUGGAGAAAGAGAAGAGUGAGCUCAGACUGGAGUUGGAUGAUGUGGUUUCCAACAUGGAGCAGAUCAUCAAGUCCAAAACUAACUUGGAAAAAAUGUGUCGCACUCUUGAAGAUCAAUUUAGUGAAUUGAGGACUAAAAGUGAUGAAGGCCAGCGUAUCAUAAAUGAUUUCACCAUGCAGAAGGCAAAGCUUCAAACUGAGAAUGGUGAGCUUACCAGACAGUUGGAGGAGAAGGACUCCUUGGUCUCCCAGCUGACCAGAGGGAAGCAGUCUUACACUCAGCAGAUUGAAGACCUCAAGAGACAGCUAGAGGAAGAAGUCAAGGCCAAGAAUGCACUUGCCCAUGCAGUGCAGUCUGCUCGCCACGACUGUGAUCUCUUGAGGGAGCAGUUUGAGGAGGAGCAGGAGGCCAAAGCUGAGCUUCAGCGCAACAUGUCCAAGGCCAACUCUGAGGUGGCUCAGUGGAGAACCAAGUAUGAGACUGAUGCCAUCCAGAGGACUGAGGAGUUGGAAGAUGCAAAGAAGAAACUGGCACAGCGUCUGCAAGAUGCAGAGGAAGCUGUGGAGGCUGUUAAUGCUAAAUGUUCCUCCCUGGAGAAAACCAAACAUAGGCUCCAGGGUGAGAUUGAGGAUCUCAUGGUGGAUGUGGAGAGAUCCAAUGCUGCUGCUGCAGUGCUGGACAAGAAACAGAGAAAUUUUGACAAGGUCCUUGCUGAGUGGAAGCAGAAGUAUGAGGAGUCCCAGACUGAGCUGGAAAGUGCCCAAAAAGAUGCUCGUACUCUUAGCACCGAACUCUUCAAAUUGAAGAACUCUUAUGAAGAAUCUCUGGAUCAUCUGGAGACCAUGAAACGAGAAAACAAGAAUCUCCAAGAGGAAAUUUCUGACUUGACUGAACAACUUGGUGAGGGAGGAAAAAGCAUCCACGAGCUGGAGAAGGUCCGUAAACAGCUGGAGCAGGAGAAGGCUGAGAUACAAGCAGCUCUGGAAGAAGCUGAGGGCUCUCUGGAGCAUGAGGAGGGUAAGAUCCUGCGUGCUCAGCUUGAGUUCAACCAGGUGAAGGCUGACAUUGAGCGCAAGCUGGCUGAGAAGGAUGAAGAGAUGGAGCAGGCCAAGCGUAACCAGCAGAGAGCGGUAGACACUCUGCAGAGCUCCCUGGAGGCUGAGACUCGCAGCAGGAAUGAGGCUCUCAGGAUUAAGAAGAAGAUGGAGGGAGAUCUCAAUGAGAUGGAGAUCCAGCUGAGCCAGGCCAACAGGCAGGCAGCAGAGGCACAGAAGCAGCUCAAGGGACUCCAUACUCAUCUGAAGGACUCCCAGCUGCAGCUGGAUGAUGCUCUCCGUGCCAAUGAUGAUCUGAAGGAGAACAUUGCAAUUGUGGAGAGACGUAACAACCUGCUGCAGGCUGAACUUGAUGAGCUGAGGUCUCUGGUGGAGCAGACUGAGAGAGGUCGUAAACUGGCUGAGCAGGAACUGCUGGAUGUCAGUGAGAGAGUUCAGCUGCUGCACUCCCAGAACACCAGCUUGCUGAACCAGAAGAAGAAGCUGGAGGGAGACUCCACCCAACUUCAGAAUGAGGUGGAGGAGGCUGUGCAGGAGUGCAGAAAUGCUGAGGAGAAGGCCAAGAAGGCCAUUACUGAUGCUGCCAUGAUGGCAGAGGAGCUGAAGAAGGAGCAGGACACCAGUGGUCACCUGGAGCGUAUGAAGAAAAACAUGGAGCAAACCAUCAAAGACUUGCAGCACCGUCUGGAUGAAGCUGAGCAAAUAGCCAUGAAAGGUGGAAAGAAGCAGGUCCAGAAGCUCGAGGCCAGGGUGAGAGAGUUGGAAAAUGAGGUGGAUAUGGAGCAAAGGAAAAGUGGGGAAUCAGUCAAAGGAAUUCGCAAGUAUGAAAGACGCAUCAAAGAGCUCACUUACCAGACAGAGGAGGACAAAAAGAAUCUGAGCCGCCUGCAGGACCUGGUGGAGAAACUUCAACUCAAAGUCAAGUCAUACAAGCGGGCUGCAGAGGAGGCUGAAGAACAGUCCAACACAAAUCUAAGCAAGCUGCGAAAGUUGCAGCAUGAGUUCGAGGAAGCAGAGGAGAGGGCCGACAUUGCAGAGUCCCAGAUCAACAAGCUGAGAGCCAAGAGCCGGGACUCUGUUGCUAAGAAAUCACAUGAUGAAGAGUGA